AUGUCUAAUAUUCAUUUCCCACCGCUAUUCAAUGAAUCGAUUCGAGGAAUAAUUUUCGCCAUUUUUCAAUAUAUGAUCAAUCCUGAUUAUUAUGGUGGUGAAACAGGUGUAAUGACUGUAAUUCGAAAUAUAGCACGUGGACUGCAUCGUGCAAUGACUUUCGAAGAAAUCGAAAGUCUUAACGCUUACAUACAAUUGUUGCUACAGAAUUGUUGUUCUAUAGAACCAAUACCAUAUGCAUCAACAUUUGCGGAAAAUAUCCGCAACUUAUUGUAUCUUACAGUGCUGUUUCGAAAUGCAAAGGUGCCCAUAAAAAUAUCAAUUGAAAAUGUGCAAAGUGUGGCUAGUAAGAAUCAUCUCAAUUUUUCAUUGGCAUUGGAUCAGUCAUCACAUUAUUAUGCAUGGGGUUGGCUGAAUAAUAGAUUAUCGUUAUCACCCAAAAAAUUGGAUGGUCAACCGAAAUCAUUUGCCGAAGCAUCAGCAAUGGUAAGGAAAUCACCAAACACUUUUGGCUUAACAUCAACUGUGAAUCCGAAAUCAUUUAUUGAAUCAUCUAAAUUAUUCAAUAUUCCGAUAUCAUUAAUUGGAUUAUUGAAUAAUCCGGAUAAUUAUGAUGUCGAGUUUGUUAUCGGCAAUAAACGUAUAUUGGCUUCAAAGUGUCACCUGAAAAUGUCAUCCCAUUAUUAUAGUCGAAUGUUUUCAGGUGUUUGGAAGGAAAAUAGCAAAGUGGUCAUCAAAGAUUAUCAUUAUGAUGUCUAUUAUGCAUAUCUACGGAUGUUACAUACGGGCCAAAUCCUAAUCAAACAAUCCAAUAUAGACCAACUUAUUGAUUUGGCCAAUUGUUAUGGUGAUGAACAAUUAAUGAAACAUUGUUGAACAUUCAUAGGAAAAGAUCUGAAUGAACGAACAUUAUCUACUUAUUUUCCCUUGAUUGAUAAAUAUCAACUUGAUGACAUACAUUACAAACUUGUAAAACUAACAAUCAAGAAUGUGUGGCCUAAAAUAGCUGACAAUCUUAAAGCAGACAACAAAAAUGUUAUGAAAUUUCUUAAAUUUUAUUUAUUUGAGCAAUAAUAAUUUUCUCUUUUA